UAAAACAUUCGUAAAUGGUUUUGUUAGUAUGGUACAAUCAUUUUGAUAUCAAGAUUGGCUGACUUAACUAUACUUGAAGGGAAGUUAUAAUCAAACCUCAAUUAAACAACGUUCUAAGUAAAUGGGAAAAACACACAUUAUAACACAUCAACUACUGUCAUUGAAAUAGUGUCCAUGAGCCAUGUAGUCCUUGAGAAUAUGUUUGUAAAUCCACAUAAAGUUCUUCCUUGUAAAUCCUUUGUCUGAUACUGUGGGCCGUGUGGCCUCUGUAUCUGACCCCAUGCUGGGUCAGAAGCUUUGAAGCUUCUCCUCUGGGAGAAGGACAAAGGGGGAAGACCCUUUCCUUGUCGGGGGUAGGAGAAGGUGUGAUGGUACCGUGCUUUGUCUGUGGACUGUGCUACACUACAAUUCAACACCUCAUCAGACUACUGGGCAUACCCCCUACUACCUCAUGUUCGGGCACCAUCCCAGAUUGCCCGUGGACUUCCUUUUGGGGAUGGGGGAGCCAAUGCAAGGAGAUGGCACACUGGACGAUUGGGUCCAAGAAAAUCAGCGGAGCCUAAGGAUGACACAGGAACAUGUCCGGCAGAGGGCGGGGAAGCUGGCACAACGUCAAAACAAGAACCACAAUGACAAAGUGAACGAUUCCGGACUUGAAGAAGGGCAGCUGGUAUACCUGCGGAACCACCCGUCAGGGAGGAACAAGAUCCAGGACCAUUGGAACCCAGCUGUUUUCCAAGUGCAACAGAGGCCUUCAGGAACUGGGGCAGUGUACACCGUGGCCCCUGUUGAUGGAGAGGGACCGGUGAGGCAGGUGCACAGGGUUGAGCUGAGGGCCGUUCCUGAAGUAUUACAGCCAGCGGUAGAAACGGGCACUCCCCCCACGAGCAGAGAUGAGUCUGCCACUCCAGCGGCUGCUGAGGUAUCUGCGGAUGAAGAUGCAGCCAUUUUUUAUCCUGAGGAGUUUCAGGAGGCCCAAAUGUCACCUAGAUCCCUGCCCCCAGAAGAAGAGGGCAGUCCCGAAGACGUGUCCCCACCCUUACGACGCUCGAGUCGAGCAACAGCAGGCCAGCACGCCAACCCUCACCGACUCCCGAGGCCAGUCUCCAUAAGAAAUGAGGAAGAGACACUGGCAAAUGUUUAAGGGCAAGGUGGCGGGACCCCUGCCAUCAUCGUCGGGCCGCCGAUUCAUUUGGAGGGGGUGAAUUGUAGCAAGUGGGCAAGCAGUCACUAAUUGGGAAAGGGGAUGAAAUUAAUUAAGCUACCUGACGUAUUAUCCACAAGCUUAUAAAUAGACACCCGGGGUCCUAAAGCCGGUAGCUCAUUGUCAACACCACUGGUUCUCGGGCUGUGUAGCAGAGUCACGGGUGCUGCGUGAAAUCGACAGGAAAGCGGAGCCGCUGUAUGUCGAUGUGCGUGUGGGGGAGUGACGCCGUGUUGUUGUGUGUAACAAGGUACGUUAUUAAACGUAGCCGCGGUCUUUUACUUUUCUGGUUGUAGUAUAUGGGCAAAUCAUGAUGUAGUGUUUAUGUAUCUUUUACCAGUGUAUUAGAGUUGACUUAUUAUUAUUGUUUAUUUCCAGUCUGUCUCCCUUUCCCCCUUCAUAGCUAAUAACCUCAGUGCUGGUAAGGUCACUAGCGACGUAUCCAUAGCCGGUCUCUGUAGUUUUUCUCACCCUAGUAGCCUACAGAGUGCGGUGUGUUUGUAGUAGAACUCUUAAUUGCUUGGUCACGUAUCACGAGUGUCGUGAAUAUUGUAGUGCAUUUUCCCUGAAUUUAAACACAUGUUAUUGAGUGUGCACAAGACCACGUGUGUUAUAGAGACCUAGAGACCUGGCCUGACAUCAGUUCUUCUAGUGGCCCAUUGCCGAGGUUCCCCAGCCCCCAUACUGUCCAUGUAUGUUAUUAUUAUUUUCUUUAUCUGGUGACCA